AUGGAAAAGGAAAAAAAUGAAGAUAGUGCCAAUUGUUGUUGGGUCCUUGAGAACACUAUGAGAAGUCAUCAAGAGGUAUAUAAAGUUUUUGUGAACCAAUGUGUUGCUUACAAAUAUGAAUUCUGUCGUGGAACCAAUGCAUCCCAGACAACUCGAAACAUCAGUGAGGUUUUUGGUGAAAAUGUGGCGAAUGGGCGUACUGUACAUCGAUGGUUUGAGAAGUUCCGGUCUGGCGACUUUACUCUUAAAAGUCAACCCCGUGCUAGACAUGAGGCCAAGGUGGAUAAUAAUGAGCUGCAAACUGUAGUGGAAGCGGAUACAUCUCAAACUACGCUUGAGUAG